UAAAGUAGUAGGAAUCGCUGUAAAAUUAUACUUGGUCUUUAAAUUUUUUAUCCACAUCUCGUCAAAUCUCGUAUCCAAGUGAAGAUACCAUCCGCUCCAGAUUCCAAUGUAGAGAAGCCAACCGGUUGUAAACAUUUCAAAAUGCGAGCUGUUCCAACUUGGGUGGACAAGGUUCAUGACAGGGAUAAAGUAGAACAAUGUAUAUGGGACCUUUGCUUCAAACCUGAUGGGAGUCAGAUCAUCGUAGCAGCUGGCAAUCGUGUCCUUGUGUACGACACCAACGAUGGCACCCUCAUUCAACCCCUGAAAGGCCACAAAGACACAGUCUACUGUGUGGCUUAUGCCAAGGAUGGGAAGAGAUUUGCAUCGGGCUCAGCAGACAAGAGCGUCAUCAUCUGGACUAAUAAGUUAGAAGGGAUUCUAAAAUACCAACACAAUGAUGCUAUCCAGUGUUUGGCCUACAAUCCCCUGACACACCAGUUAGCCAGCUGCGCACAAACAGACUUUGGGCUCUGGUCACCAGAGCAGAAGUCUGUGUCCAAACACAAGGUGGGCAGUCGGAUCACCUGCUGUGGCUGGACCAAUGAUGGACAGUACUUUGCCAUUGGGAUGUACAACGGAGUUAUAAGUAUUAGAAAUAAGACUGGAGAAGACAAGGUGAAGAUAGAGCGUCCAGGUGCCGCCAUGUCCCCUGUUUGGUCUCUUGAGUGGAACCCUUCCAAAGAUGAGGCAUUUGACAUCCUGACUGUAGCAGAUUGGGGCGGUCAACUUUCAUUCUAUCAACUCUCUGGAAAACAGAUUGGUAAGGAUCGCCACCUGGAGUACGACCCCUGCUGCGUCAGCUGGUUCUCUAAAGGGGAGUACGUGGUGAUUGGGGGCUCCAACAAACAGGUGUCCCUUCACACUAAGGAAGGGGUCAAACUGGGCACCAUUGGAGAGCAGAACUCCUGGGUCUGGUGUUGUAGGGUGCGACCAGACUCCAAUUAUGUGGCCAUAGGGUGUCAGGAUGGUACGAUAGCGUACUACCAGCUAAUCUUCAGCACCGUCCAUGGACUGUACAAAGACAGGUAUGCUUACAGGGACAACAUGACUGAUGUCAUCAUACAGCAUCUUAUCACAGACCAGAAAGUUCGCAUCAAGUGUAGAGACUUGGUGAAGAAAAUAGCCAUCUACAGACAUAGACUUGCAGUGCAACUCCCAGACAAGAUCGUGGUCUAUGAGCUGUACUCGGAUGACUCUGCUGACAUGCACUACAGGAUAAAGGAGAAAAUCAACAAGAAGUUUGACUGCAAUCUCCUGGUGGUCUGCUCUCAGCACAUCAUUCUGUGUCAGGAGAAAAGACUCCAGUGCUUGAACUUCAAAGGAAUAAAGGAGCGGGAGUGGAUCAUGGAGUCGCUAAUUCGUUACAUCAAGGUGAUAGGGGGGCCACCUGGUAGAGAGGGCUUACUAGUAGGACUGAAGAAUGGACAGAUUAUGAAGAUAUUUGUGGACAAUCCAUUCCCCAUAGUUCUGCUGAAGCAGGCCACCUCUGUGCGCUGUCUGGACAUGAGUGCGAGCCGCACCAAGCUGGCUGUGGUGGACGAACACAGCACCUGUCUGGUGUACGAUGUCAACACCAAGGAACUGCUGUUUCAGGAGCCCAAUGCCAACAGUGUUGCCUGGAACACGCAGAACGAAGACAUGCUAUGUUUCAGUGGCUCCGGCCUGCUGAACAUCAAGGCCAGCAACUUCCCCAUACAUCAGCAGAAACUACAGUUCCCUCUGGGUUUUGUCGUGGGUUUCAGUGGGUCCAAAAUCUUCUGCCUCCACGUGUAUGCCAUGUCAUCAGUGGAGGUACCCCAGUCAGCACCCAUGUACCAAUAUCUGGAGAAGAAACUCUUCAAGCAGGCGUACGAUGUGGCCUGCCUGGGUGUCACAGACCAGGACUGGGCGGCUCUGGCCCACGAGGCAAUGGAGGGGUUGGAUUUUGAUACAGCCAAGAAAGCCUUCAUCCGAGUCAGGGAGUUGAGAUAUCUAGAGCUGCUUCACAGCAUUGAGGAGAGGCGCCGGCGUGGGGAGACUGACAACCACCUGUUCCUUGCUGACUUCUACGCUUACCAAGGCAAAUUUGGAGAGGCCGCCAAACUGUAUAAGAGAGCAGGGCAGGAGGGCAAGGCCAUGAACAUGUAUACUGAUAUGAGGAUGUUUGAGUAUGCCAAGGAGUUUGUAGGCUCGGGAGACCCUGCAGACAGGAAGAUGUUGAUCACGAAGCAGGCGGAUUGGGCCAAGAACAUCAACGAACCCAAGGCUGCUGCCGAGAUGUACAUCUCUGCUGGCGAGUACCUCAAAGCCAUCGAUAUCAUUGGAGACAACGGAUGGGCAGACAUGAUGAUAGACGUAGCCAGGAAGCUGGACAAGGCUGACCGCCAGGCUCUGCUCCUUUGUGCUGACUAUCUGAAGAAGAUGGAGCAGUAUGCCUACGCUGCGGAGUGUUACCACAAGAUGGGAGACUCCAAGGCCCUGAUGGAGCUACACGUGGAGGCUAGACACUGGGAUGAGGCAUUUGCACUGGUGGAGAAGCAUCCAGAGUUCAGAAAUGAUGUGUACAUUCCAUAUGCACAGUGGCUGGCAGAGAACGAUAGGUUUGAGGAAGCACAGCAAGCAUUCCACAAGGCAGGCAUGCAGGGGGAGGCAGUCAGAGUGUUGGAGCAGCUUACCCACAAUGCUGUGUGUGAGAACAGGUUCAAUGAUGCUGGGUACUACUUCUGGAAGCUGUCAAUGCAGUGUCUGGAUAUAGCUGGGGAAGAGCCAGAAAAGAGAGGGGAAAUGCUUCAGAAAUUUCACGACUUUCAGCGGAAAGCUGACAUGUACUAUGUCUACCAUUCCAUUCAAAGAUACACAGACGAGCCGUUCACGUCUCAUCUCCCUGAAGCUCUGUUCAACAUGUCCCGCUACCUGCUACACUGCAUGAUAGAUGGGAUGCCGCACGGGGUCUCCAAGGUUGCUGCCCUCUAUGCUCUGGCCAAGCAGAGCAAGUCUCUGGGGGCUUUCAAGGUGGCCAGGUAUGCCUUUGAGAAACUACAAGCUCUGAGAAUUCCUAGUCGAUUCCAGGAGUCCAUUGACCUGGGCAGCGUGACAAUCAGAUCGAAACCUUUCCAUGAUGCUGAGGAGCUACUGCCAAUGUGUUACCGUUGCUCUACAACCAACCCUCUGCUCAAUAACCAUGGCAACCACUGUAUAAACUGCAGACAGACUUUUGUACAUUCCUUUGUGUCAUUUGAGGUCCUGCCUCUGGUGGAGUUUAUUCUGGAAGAUGGCAUCACAGACGAGGAAGCUGUCCAGAUGAUUGGCACAGGAGUAUUCAGGAGGAAGAAGAAAGAAGACAGCUGGCAAGAGAGUAGAAUGGGCAGUAUCCUUGGAUUCACAAAGAAAAUAAAAUAUUGCAUGGAAUGAAUGGAAAAUUAUAGAUAAUAUAGCUAUAGAAAUAAAGUAUCUCACAUGUUGAUUUGAUGAAUUCACUUUUCAAAAAAAAAAAAAAUAUCAUAAAAUAACAUAACACUUUCAGGAUAUAAGUUAGGCAAAAGCAUACAAGGGGGAAGAAAUAUUGACAUAGAGUUAUUGUAGUUCUGUAG